CUCUCGCUGAUAACUUGUGUGUUCCUGGCUCAUGUCCUCACAAUUAAGGAGAACACAGCGAGUGUGAGGACGUACUGACCUGUGUCCAGGAAUCCAGCAGAAUUGGCGCGAUUAGUAUAAUCUCUUGUCUUCAUUAAUGAAAUGCAAAACAGCUGCGGCGCAGUGAUUCUGUCUGCAUCCACCUCCACACGUGACCUCCGCAUGUGUUUCUGGAACAUGCUUAUGGCGUUUCCAUAGCAGCAAAGGGAGAGCAUUGAGGGCAGGGCCAGAUUAACCAUGGGGCAGACGUGACUACCGUCCCAAGGCCUCCAGGUAAAAACAGGCUCAUCAUCACGAAAGCAUGCUGGUGACCAGCCACCGGCCACAUGGCCAUAGAUCAUGGACUUUUCAUUUGGCGCAGCCUCCUCGCCAGUUGAAGACCACAGCUUUGCAGCGGUGCCAAAGAGAAGAUUUCUGCCUUGUACACGGAAAUAUGACAUCUGUUUACAGAAGCCCACAUUUCUGGAAAUGUUUUUGUUAUGCUAUAGCGCCCAUGCCUCGCGCAGUGGAAGAGGAACCGAGAGGGACUAAGCGAAAUGCUCAGACAGAAGGAAAUCCUGAUGUAUCUUCCAGACAUACUACAGAACUACCUACCCCUGUCUUUUCCCGGGCCGGUCUUGGAAUACAGCAAAGGCAUGAAAAGCCUCAGAGAAAUAGAGAUGAUGGGAAAUGGAAUGAACAGCAACGAGUUCCAUUCAGAGUGAUUGAUACUCUUGACUUGAAGCCGCAACGGGUUCGCAAUAAUGAAGUAACUGUCCCAGCGAAACCCCACGCAGAAGACUCCGAUAACCAGCAAACAAGGUCACAAGGUGUAGCAACAUCAUUGCUGCCGGCCACAGUGGCUCCCCAACAUCCCGAAGGUGUAGCAACAUCAUCACUGCUGGCCACAGUUGUUCCUCAAUAUCCUGAAGGUGUAGCAACAUCACCGCUGCUAGCCACAGUUGUUCCCCAACAUCCUAAAGGUGUAGCAACAUCAUCGCUGCUGGUCACAGUUGUUCCUCAACAUCCUGAAGGUGUAGCAACAUCAUCACUGCUGGCCACAGUUAUUCCCCAACAUCCUAAAGGUGUAGCAACAUCAUCACUGCUGGCCACAGUUGUUCCCCAACAUCCUGAAGGUGUAGCAACAUCAAUGCAGCUGGCCACAGUUGAUCCCCAACAUCCUAAUGGUGUAGCAACAUCAAUGCAGCUGGCCACAGUUGUUCCCCAACAUCCUGAAAGUGUAGCAACAUCAUCGCUCCUGGCCACAGUAGUUCCCAAACAUCCAGAAAGUGUAGCAACAUCAUUGCUGCUGGCCACAGUUGUUCCCCAACAUCCCCAAGGUAUAGCAACAUCAUCACUGCUGGCCACCGUUGUUCCUCAAUAUCCUGAAGGUGUAGCAACAUCACCGCUGCUAGCCACAGUUGUUCCCCAACAUCCUAUAGGUGUAGCAACAUCAUCGCUGCUGGUCACAGUUGUUCCUCAACAUCCUGAAGGUGUAGCAACAUCAUCACUGCUGGCCACAUUUGUUCCCCAACAUCCUGAAGGCGUAGCAACAUCAUCACUGCUGGCCACAGUUGUUCCCCAACAUCCUGAAGGUGUAGCAACAUCAAUGCAGCUGGCCACAGUUGAUCCCCAACAUCCUAAUGGUAUAGCAACAUCAAUGCAGCUGGCCACAGUUGUUCCCCAACAUCCUGAAAGUGUAGCAACAUCAUCGCUCCUGGCCACAGUAGUUCCCAUACAUUCAGAAAGUGUAGCAACAUCAUCGCUGCUGGCCUCAGUUGUUCCCCAACAUCCUGAAGGUAUAGCUACAUCAAUGCAACUAGCCACAGUUGAUCCCCAACAUCCUGAAGAUGUAGCAACAUCAUCGCAACUGACCACAGUUGUUCCACAACACCCUGAUGUGGCAACAUCCUUCAGCAAUCCCAUUCCUGGGUCUGAUUGUACAAUGGAUGGAGGACAUGAGAGAUACCGUAAGAUGAGGGAGGGAAACGUGCAAGAAACUUCCAGUGCACCCUACCAGCUGAAUGAAGAGUUUGGCCAUAGAAUGCAUGCUGCUCAGGCCGACAGCCUUGAGUACAACUUUGUGUUGAUGAAUUCACAUCUGACGACAUUUUCUUACACUAUGGACCAGAUAUCCAAACUUCAGCAGAAAGCUUCAGCAUCAAUGCGGGCGAUCAAAUCAAGCAAGUACAUCAUUGCUGAGGAAUUCAAGGCACGAACACAAUAUCCUAACAUCUCAACUCCGUUCCCCGACUUGUCUGCGCCUCUCUUCUCCUGGAGCCCAGCUGAAUUAAGACCAUGGAACACUGCACCGACUGGACCACCCCCUGGAACAGGGCCAUUCUGCUCGGUUGCAUCAACAUCUUCACCGUUGGCUUCAGUUGUUCCCCAACAUCCUAAAGGUGAAGCAACAUCAUCGCAACUGACCACAGUUAUUCCCCAACACCCUGACAUGGCAACAUCAUUCAACAAUCCUAUUUCUGGGUCUGCUGGUACAAUGGAUGGAGGAGAUGAGAAUUUCUGUAGGAUGAUGGAGUGGAAUGUUCAGGGAACUUCCAUUGUACCCAAGCAGCUGAAUGAAGAGUUUGGCCAUAGAAUGCAUGCUGCUCAGACCGACGUCCUUGAGUAUAACUUUAUGUUGAUGAACUCACAUCUGACCACACUUUCUUACACUAUGGACCAGAUAUCCACACUUCAGCAGCAAGCUUCAUCAUCAAUGAGGGCGAUCGAAUCAAGCAAGUAUAUCAUUGCUGAGGAAUUCAAGGCACGAACACAAUAUCCUAACAUCUCAACUCCGUUCCCCAACUUCUCCACGCCUCUCUUCUCCUGGAGCCCAGCUGAAUUAAGACCAGGGAACACUGCACCGACUGGACCACCCCCUGGAACAGGGCCAUUCUGCUCGAUUGCAUCAACAUCUUCACCGUUGACUUCAGUUGUUCCUCAACAUCCUAAAGGUGAAGCAGCAUCAUCGCAACUGACCACAGUUAUUCCCCAACACCCUGACAUGGCAACAUCAUUCAACAAUCUUAUUCUUGGGUCUGCUGGUACAAUGGAUGGAGGAGAUGAGAAUUACUGUAGGAUGAUGGAGUGGAAUGUUCAGGGAACUUCCAUUGUACCCAAGCAGCUGAAUGAAGAGUUUGGCCAUAGAAUGCAUGCUGCUCAGACCGACGUCCUUGAGUAUAACUUUAUGUUGAUAAACUCACAUCUGACCACACUUUCUUACACCAUGGACCAGAUAUCCUCACUUCAGCAGGAAGCUGCAGCAUCAAUGAGGGCAAUCAAAUCAAGUAAGUAUAUAAUUGCUGAGGAAUUCGAGGCACGAAGAUAAUAUCCUGACAUCUCAACUCCGUUCCCUGACUUCUCCGCACCUCUCUUCUCCUGGCCCCCAGCUGAAUUGAGACCAUGGAACACUGCGCCGACUGGACCACCUCCUGGAACAGAGCCAUAGUUGUACCCCAACAUCCAGAAGCUGUAGCAACAUCAUCACAACUGAUCACAGUUGUUCUCCAACAUCCUGAAGGUGUAGCAACAUCUUCGCAACUGACCACAGUUGCCCAAAACACCCUGACAUGGCAACACCCUUCAGCAAUCCCAUUCCUGAGUCUGCUGGUACAAUGGAUGGAGGACAUGAGAGAUACCGUAAGAUGGAGGGGAACGUGCAGGAAACUUCCAGUGCACCCUACCAGCUGAAUGAAGAGUUUGGUCAUAGAAUGCAUGCUGCUCAGACCGACGUCCUUGAGUACAACUUUGUGUUGAUGAACUCACAUCUGACCACACUUUCUUACACCAUGGACCAGAUAUCCACACUUCAACAGCAAGCUUCAGCAUCAAUGAGCAUGAUCGAAUCAAGCAAGUACAUCAUUGCUGAGGAAUUCAAGGCACGAAGACAAUAUCCUAACAUCUCAACUCCGUUCCCCGACGUCUCCAUGUCUCUCUUCUCCCAGACCCCAGCUGAACUGAGACCGUGGGACACUGCACCAACUGGACCACCCCCUGGAAUUGGACUAUUGUGCACAGUUUUAUAAUUACACUAUUUGCUCCAAUGUUGUUGUGUUGUAUCAUUUUGUGUGGAGAGGAAAAUCCUUUUCAUUACUUAUCCUGAUUACUUAUACUUCUCGCUCAAUA